UGAGGGAGAGGAGCAGGGAGAGCAGGAGGAAAAUCUAAAAUAAAGGAGGAAGAGGAGCUGAUGAUGAAGAAAUGAGGGGCAGGGACAGGGAGAUCAGGGGAGGAAAUGGAGAGAAAGAGAAGAGAAGACAAGUAAGGACAGAAAGGAGACAAGAGAGAGGUAGAGGAGGUGAGUAUGAAGAGGAGGAUAAGAGGAGAAGAUGGAGAGAAAGUGGAGGACCAGAGAAUGAGGAAGAGAAGAGACAGAAACUGAAAAGGAGAGAAAGAGAAGCUAGAGAAGAGCAAGAGGAAGAUGUGAGGGAGAAGGAAGGAGAAAGACGAGAGAAGUGGAAAAACAGCAAAGAAAGAGAAAAUGAAGAAGGGUGAAAAUGAGAAGAGGAGGUGAUGAGAAAGUGGGGAGAAGAAAAGGGAAAGAAGGAGGCGAGUGAGAAAAGAAGAGAACAGGAGCUGAAGGACACCAAGAACAGGAAAGGAGAGGAGGAGGAGAAGAAACAAAAGAUAAAGAACAGAAAGGGUGACCCAGAUAAGACCACAAAACUCCCAUCAAGGGGCUCAGUUGUUUCCAGCAACCACCAGGAUGCACUUCUAGUUGAAUGCAAAAUCUCUAAACUGACAUACAGUAAGGUGCCCCCUGGCAGCUGA